AUGACCACCGCUGGGAGACCGACUUGGAAUACGGCCAAGGGUGGCAAAGGCAAGUGGGAAGGUGAUUUAAGUGCUCUUUCCAGGCAAUAUUCUGUCCGUGAUCUUCCAUCUCACACUAAACUAAAGUAUCGUCAAGAAGGCCAAGGCAGACCAGAGGAACUUCAGGGAAAGGACUUUAAACGCGAUCUCGAGGAACGAGAGCGACAGGCAGCUCUUGAAAAGGCCACCAAAAAGGGUAAUUCAGUGGGAUCAAACCUCUCUGCAUUAACUAAUUCUGGAGAAAAACGAUCUAUAGCUGCGGUCGCCGACAUAGAUCGCAGUGGCGGAACUACUUCCAAACGUCCCAAGCAUGCUGUUGUUGUUUCCGCCAUUCCAACUGCCAAUCUUGAUGCAGAUGACCCGUGGGAGGAGGAUUAUACAGAAGAAGAUCAAAAAAUGCCUAAAGAUGAUGAAGAUAUUAAUUCCUCAUCGGAUGAUGAUGAUGAUGACGACGAAGAGGCUCUUCUGGCAGAAUUGGCCAAAAUUAAGCAAGAAAGAGUGGAAGAGGCGAUCAAAGCUGCCGCCGACAGAAGGGCUGCUGAGGAGACCAUCAGAAUGGAGAAAAUUCUUAAAGGGAAUCCCCUUCUGAACACUGAAAGCUCGGCGGAGUUUAAAGUGAAACGACGCUGGGAUGAUGAUGUUGUCUUCAAGAAUUGUGCUCGUGGAGAAGUCGAUCACUCAAAGAGAGGAUUCGUCAAUGAUACCCUGAGGUCGGAGUUCCACAAGAAGUUUAUGAAAAAAUAUAUUCAGUGA